GUGAAACCCGCCCGGGACGGACUGGGACCCGGCGGCGGCAGCAGCGCGGCCCGUGCAGCAGCAGCAGCAGCGAACGGUGGCGGCCGGGGGCGGCAGUUUGGUUGUCGUUUAAUUUCUGUGGUUGUUGGUUGCCGAGUUGUCUCACCAUGAAGGAGAGCGGUGCACACUUCUUCGAAGGGACCGAGAAGCUGUUGGAGGUGUGGUUCGCCCGGCAGCAGCCCGCGCAGCAGGAGCCGCACCAGAGCAAGGGGUCCGGCGACCUCCGCACCAUACCCAGGAUUGAGUGGGACAAACUUCUGGAGAAUGUGCAUUGUUUGAUCAUAAGUGUGACAAAAACUGACAAGCAGGAAGCUUAUGUACUCAGUGAGAGUAGCAUGUUUGUCUCCAAGAGACGUUUCAUUUUGAAGACGUGUGGUACCACCCUCUUACUGCAAGCACUGGUUCCCCUGUUGGAGCUUGCUAGGGAGUACAGUGGGUUUGACUCAAUUCAGAGCUUCUUUUAUUCACGUAAGAAUUUCAUGAAGCCUUCCCACCAGGAGUACCCACAUAGGAAUUUCCAGGAAGAAGUAGAGUUUCUUAAUGAAAUUUUCCCAAAUGGAGCAGCUUAUUGCAUGGGGCGUAUGAACUCUGAUUGCUGGUACCUGUACACCCUGGAUUUCCCAGAGAGUCGGAUAUCCAAUCAGCCUGAUCAGACCCUGGAAAUUCUGAUGAGUGAGCUUGACCCAGUAGUUAUGGACCAGUUCUACAUGAAAGAUGGUGUUACUGCAAAUGAUGUCACUCGUAUGAGUGGAAUUCGUGACCUGAUACCAGGUUCUGUUAUUGAUGCUACAAUGUUCAAUCCUUGUGGGUAUUCAAUGAAUGGGAUGAAAUCGGAUGGAACUUACUGGACUAUUCACAUCACUCCAGAACCAGAGUUUUCUUAUGUUAGUUUUGAAACAAACAUAAGUCAGACCUCUUACGAUGACCUGAUUAGAAAAGUUGUAGAGGUUUUCAAGCCAGGAAAAUUUGUGACAACUCUCUUUGUUAAUCAGAGCUCUAAAUGUCGCACAGUGUUUUCCUCUGCCCAGAAGAUUGAGGGGUUUAAACGUCUUGAUCACCAGAUUGCCCAAUUCAGUGAUUAUAAUUUUGUUUUUACCAGUUUCACAAAAAAUCGCCAGCAACAGCACAGUUGAUUAAGAAUGAAGAAAAAGCGCAAAAAGAAAUCCCGUAUAAAAGGUGGUGGUUGCUUUCUAGUUGAUGAUUCAGGGGGCCAUGCUUUCCACUCCCACCACCUUGUAGUCGUGGAAAGCCCUAGGUGUAAUCAUAGUAUAACCAUUUUGAAUUGUAUGCAUUAUUAUAUCAAGGAGUUAGAUAUCUUGCAUGAAUGCUCUCUUCUGUGUUUAGGUACUCUAUGCCACUCUUGCUGUGAAAUUGAAGUGCAUGUAGAAAAAUCUUACUGUAUGAAACUUUACAACACUUGUAAAAAUGAUUCAGGUAGAAUUACACACAGUAUAGUUUUUCUCCAAGUAUCACCAAAAAUUCCCCACAGACAAGGCUUUCGUCCUCAUUAGACUUCAGCCUCAACCUACUCACUGGGGACAGUUCUCUGUUAAAUUGUCACUUUUUUUUUAAUCUACGUUGUGAUUUCAGUCUAAAACAGUUUUUGAUGAACUUCUAUGAUUUCUAAUGAAACUGAUUCCUAAUUAACACUUUCAUGUUUGGAGAAACUUCUUAAAACAGUUACAAAUUGUUUUGCUACUACAGGUGGUGGUUGAUUUAUUUUUAAAUCAGACUGACUUUUCAUGCUCUAAUAAAGCUUCUAGGAAUUUGCUCAGCUCUCCUGUGGAGCUGGGCUGACGCAUUGGU